AUGGCAGCCGCGUGGCCUCAAGUGAUGGUGUGGCCCACCGCGCUCCGCGAGCACGCAACUCAUCUCAGCAAGCACCUGCGAGACAUCCUCCUCAACAUCGAACGCUCGCAGGAUCAACCAGUGCCCUCCGAUCAGGUCAAAAAUAUCAUUAUGGGCACGCUCGGCCUGGUCCUUAAGAUGCAGAACAACCCCGACGUCAGCACG